AGAAAAUUUAUCGUGCCUGACCUAUAAAAGUUCUCCAGUUUUUCUUUUCUUUUCAUGCAAAGCUAACAAACACUUCUUGUCCUCUUCUGUUAUAUUUUCUCUCUCUCUCGCCUGGGGUCUUUGUCUACUGUUGUCAAAGUGAUUCUGCAUGCUUCAGAUAUCUAUCUCUUUUUUUUCUUUUUUUUCCAAAUCUUCAGAUAUCUCUACGUAAGCUUCGCGGGAGCAUUGAUUUCAGCUUCAUCUGUUAAAAGCUCUGUUGCUACUGCUUUGUUUCGCGUGACUAUUUUUGUCUCUUCUUCUUCUGGAUAAUUCAGACUGAUCAUAUGAGCGACAUGCAUGGUCUUGAAUUCACAGCCCUAUUAGACUGAGAUUUACUGGCCAGUGAGUGAGGUCUUGUUAAGCUGUCUUUUUGUUCUCUGUUCAUUGGAGAACACCAAAGGCAGUUACUGUCUGCAGAUAUAUUAUGGAACAUGGUUUGCCAUCUAUGAAGUCGAUCAAAUCAUUGAAGUCAUUUGUUAAGAGAAGAAACAAUACUCAAGAUGUGGUAAAGGGUAAAUCCGGGUGGAAAGUGAAGCCCUUUUUGGCUCUCAUAUGUACAGCACUUUUGAUCUUUUGGUAUAAGACCACAAAUAUUCAAUUCGAAGAGACUGAGCUAGAGGAAGCUGAUUAUCCCUUUGAUAUGGCAGUGGAAUCUGAACCAGUCGAUGAGAAACUAAAAGGCUUGCCGCGCGGUAUCAUACAGUCUAGAUCAGACCUUGAACUAAAGCCACUCUGGUCUAGUAAUAGUUUGAGGUCAAAGGGUGUUGAAAUGACUAACCGCAACUUGUUGGCCGUACCCGUAGGCAUUAAGCAAAAGGGUAAUGUAGACGCUAUGGUAAAGAAGUUUCUUCCAGCGAAUUUCACGGUUGUUCUUUUCCAUUACGAUGGAAAUAUGGAUAAAUGGUGGGAUCUUGAGUGGAGUUCAAAGGCCAUACAUAUAGUCGCACAGAACCAGACUAAAUGGUGGUUUGCGAAAAGAUUUCUUCAUCCGGAUGUUGUAUCCAUUUAUGAUUAUAUUUUUCUGUGGGAUGAGGAUCUUGGAGUUGAGAACUUCACACCAGAGAGGUAUUUGAAGAUAGUUAAAUCAGAGGGACUAGAGAUAUCUCAACCAGCUUUGGACCGAAACUCGACUGAAAUCCACCACAAAAUCACACUCCGUUCCAAAACAAAGAAGUUUCAUAGGAGAGUUUACAUCAACAGAGGCACUAAGAAAUGUUCUAAUACUAGUGAAGAUCCUCCUUGCACAGGAUUUGUUGAAGGAAUGGCUCCUGUGUUCUCAAGAGCUGCUUGGUUUUGCACUUGGAAUCUCAUACAGAAUGAUUUGGUUCAUGGAUGGGGAAUGGAUAUGAAAAUAGGGUAUUGUGCACAGGGAGACAGGAAGAUGAAGGUAGGGAUCGUGGAUAGGGAGUACAUAUUUCAUCAAGGCAUUCAAACUUUAGGGGAAAGUGUACAUCCUGAGAAGAAGACCGCAGCUCGGGAUGGAAGAACAAACAGACGUGGCCAUACAACGUUUGAUUCGAGAACCUCGAUAAGGAGGCAGUCGACGUGGGAGCUUCAAAGGUUUGAAGAACGAUGGAAAAAAGCGGUGGAAGAAGACAAGAACUGGAUCGAUCCAUUUUCAUCAUCGAGCAGGAAGACGAAGAGCAAGAGCAGCAGCGUUGGUAACAGAAGACUAAUAAGGCGGGGUGGUAAUAGUAAUACUCAGCGCGUAAAGCAUAAGAGAAGUCGAGAGACAGCAACAGCAUAACACACCAACACAAGUAGCAGCAUGACGAAGACUUUUUAUACACGAACUAGAGAUGUGCUUACCUUUAUUGUAAUUAGGUUUAUAUUAUUAAAACUCAGUUGCUUAGGGAGAAAAUAAGCUUAUAUAACCUUUUUAAAAUUAAAAAUAAAAAAAUGGUUUUAUAAAUUAAUGUGAUUGGU